CGAUCGAUCAUUAGAUACACAAGUUGUACUAGUCUUUUGGCUUGUCGAGAACCCAACUACUGUAGCUUUCUGUUCCAUUCCUCCUCUUGCAUCGUUUCGAAUCACAUCGCCAUGACAAAAAACAGAUCAAUCCGCUCGUUCGUCACGUUCCGGUCGACACUCACUGCCAUUGUGUUCGUCUGGUGCUGUGCCCAUUCCGAGGCAUUCCAGGCGACACCCAACCAAAAACCCGCGCUCUCGUCUCUCGCUCCGGCCGCCACGGCCGCAACCACCCUGGCGGUGCUGCUGACGCUGGGAACCCCCCUGGAACCCGCCUUUGCCGCCUCGAAGGAAAGCCCGACGGCGGGCCGGAUCACCAUCAACCAGAUCCCACCCAAGACGGUCCGCAUCGAGGCCCGGGACCUGCCCGUCGUGGGGAAAUUGGUGUCGGGCACCUACGCCAGGGUCGACGAAAGCUCCGUGGCUGGUCCCCCUUCCGUCAUCGUAUCCUCGCCCCGGGACACGAUCGGGGCGAUCAAGAAGGCCACCACCGGCGGGCACGUGGAGUUCGACGUGGGUGGAAGCGUGGGCCUCCGCACCCACCUGGACGUGGACAUUGCCGCCGAAAAAUCGGGGGUGGCGAGCGUCCGGGUCGCGUCGGACCUGAUCCCGCAGCUGCCCUUCCGCAACGCCGCGUCGUCGUUGUACGGACAGCCUGGCAGGAAGGAAAGCCAGUGGAACAUCGUCACCAACAUGGGAAGCGGAGAGUCGUACUACUUCAAUACAAAAACAGGCGUCACGCAGUACGAACAGCCAAGUAAAUUUUAGUAACAGCAGGUACUCUUUAUCCGCGAUUUGCAACUAAUAAGGCUUAUAGUCCUUGUCUAUUUGGGAUAGAUAUUAGCACAUUCGUAGGAACAACAAGGAUUGUAGUUAGUAGUUGCUAGAAUUGUUGAUAGUUCCGUUGCUUCUACUAGUACUAGUCCAGUACCAAAAGAAAAUAUAACUAAAAAUACAAC